ACCGGCUCGUGUCUCAUUUGACGCUCCACCCUCCGCACGUGGAGGGAUCUAUCCGCGGGAUCGUGCCGUUCUCUCGUUCUCGCGUUAGCUCUUCCUCCUCCGGUUUCCUUAUUGUCGUGUCCGAUCCAGUGCUGACCGGUGAAUUCCUUUCAAUCCUUCCUGGAGUUCGAGGAUCUCGAACGUGGACUUUGCUGAAGGAUACGUCAAGCGACGAUGCUCUGCUCAGUAAUGCAAAAGUUGGCGUUUCUCUACAAGCCCUACGCGUUAGCUAUAGUGUCGAUCGGCUAUGUCCUGGGUGAAUUGGGCCAUUAUCUGAUAGGUGUAACGAGCAAAGAGAUCGCCGAAGACCUGCACUAUGGCGACAUUGCCUGCCAAUUUAAUUCGACGACGCUGUCGCUGGUCGAUCUUCCGGUGCAAUGCGAAACAGCGAAGAAUUCCACCUACUGCGAGUCCCUGGAGUUGAACGGAUCUUAUUACUGCGAGUGGAAUUACAACGGCCUCGGUCUGGACUAUCAAAUCCUAGCGGGACCCAGCUUCAUCGCGGUAUUCACGAUCGUCGGUGUCUUGUUGGGUAUCGCCGCCGACAGAUACAAUAGAGUGAGAAUGCUGGCGGUUUGUACCCUGAUAUUUAGCAUCGCGAUCAUCCUGAGCGGAGCGGUGAAGGAAUACUGGCACCUCGUUAUUCUGCGAAUGAUCCAGGCGGCGGGGGAGGCGGGAUGCAAUCCGUUGGCAACCGGUCUUCUGUCCGACUGGUUCCCGGAAGAGCAACGGGGUCUCGUCAUGUCCAUUUUCAAUUGGGGCAUUUAUGGCGGUUACGGCAUCGCAUUUCCGGUCGGUCGCUAUGUGCCCGAGAUAAACGCCUGGGACCUGGGCUGGCGGGUCUGCUAUUACGGAGCCGGAGCGAUCGGCAUAAUCAUCGCCGUCCUCACCGGUUUGACGCUUACCGAGCCGCAACGCAAGACGAUCGGAGAGGAGACAGCCAAUGACGGGAAGCAAGUAUCGAUUUGGAAAGUGAUACUGCAACCACGCAUUAUUCUCUUAUGUUUGGCCGCCAGCAUUAGACAUUGCGGUGGUAUGUGCUUCGCCUACAAUUGCGAUCUAUACUACAGGGAUUACUUCCCGGAUUAUGAUCUCGGCUGGUGGCUUUUCGCCGUCACAAUCGUCAUCGGCAGUAUCGGUGUUGUGGUCGGCGGGGUAGUUAGCGACAAGUUUGUGGCGAAAAUGGGAAUUCGCUCGCGCGUAGCCUGUCUGGCGAUCAGCCAGAUAAUUGCUACGCCGUUUGCCUUUGGUUCAGUAUACUUUAAUCCACUCUGGGCCAUAAUCACGUUAGGAAUCUCCUAUUUCUUCGCCGAAAUGUGGUUCGGGAUAGUGUUUGCCGUUGUGGUGGAAAUUGUACCUCUAAAUAUGCGAUCGACCAUCGUUGGCGUUUUCUUGUUCGUCAUGAAUAACAUUGGCGGAAAUUUACCAAUACUCGUUGAACCCACCAGAUUGACCAUUGGUUUCCGGGAAUCAUUGUAUAUUUAUUACGCCGGUUUCUACGGAAUCAGUUCCAUUAUGUUCUUCUUCACUAUGUUCCUAAUGGACGGUCCUGCGGAGGUGGAGAGAAAAGUGGACAAGGAGACGGGGAGGACGGCUCCACCGGCGUACGACAAUACUACAUUUAUUAAUGACGAUGGUCAAUUGCCAACGUUGGAGUUGCCGCGGUUUCCGGAGCGGCCGCCAAUCUAUGAACAUUCCCGGCUAUGAGCCGGAAAAAGCUAUUGUUCCAAAGAGUAGCUGUAAAUAGUACUUUGAGCCAUCUACGAGCGGGACACAAGUCGCGUAGUUUAAGAUUGGUUGCGUUAACCCAUUCAUGUCAGUUGAAAAUUGGUUGCGAAAAAAAGAAAUUUCUAUUAAUCCGCAAAUAAUUUAUUCUUUUUUAUAUGUGUAAAGAGAUAUAUCGGAAGAAUAUGGUGUCAUGUGAUAAUCUUUUCCUUUUGCGUUUUUUCUCGACUAACUUGAUGGGUUAAAGUUCCUCUCUCGUCGCGCCGAAACGAAAUUGCGAAAUUGUGCGAGCGCAAUUUACCAAGCAACAGCUGCGAUAAUUAACAACUCUGUUUUGUUUUGGCGCAGAUAUGUUGCAAAACGUGUUUAAGUACGUACGACGGAUUACAUAAGAUUUUUUAUAAUUUACGAAAGACUCGGCAAACUUCAAGGAUCUGUGAAAUUACAAGGCACCUCAUGUGUCAAGAUUAAAAUUUGAAUGGAAGGAUGUAUUACAAAAAGCAGUCGGGAAAAGAGGAAUUUCUCGAAAUCUGCGAAGAAGGAUUUAAAUAACUGCAUAUUAAGCAUCUAUUAAAGAACGGGUUAAUUCAGGAAUCACGAAAUUACUCGCAAGCACAUAUCGAUAUUGUGUUUUACAAAAGAGUUUUUUAUUUAUAAAGUCACAUAAAUUAAUAUUAAGUGGCGAUUGGUUUUGGUGUUAUCACAUGUUACAGACAGCCUGUCGAGUUCAUCUUGACGGGUAAUACAAAACGGUAAUGAUACGUAUUUUACACUAUACGUACGGACCACUCGAACAUGCUGAUCAAAUUCUACGUACAGAACACGAGCAAGUACACACAAGUUAGCAGUGAUGAGA